GCAACGAAGUUAAGCAUGAGCUGAGUAGUAGCGUUGUCGAAGUAAGUGAAUAAUACAAUUUGUUAUGGUACCUUCGCACCCCAUUUCUCUAAUGAUCGGUAGAUGGCAGCACUUCCUUGAGUCCAUCGGAAUAUAAUAGCAAAAAAGAAACCACUGCCACACUUAGGCGCCUUUUAUUCACUGAACGUUUCUUUCCUCCCAUGCUUUCAGUGGUCGAUCUGGCCAUACAAAACAUUGACAUAAGUUAUCCUUGAGGUAAUUAAUUUUCUGUUUAAUUUGAGAACACCGUAUUUCCUGUGUAUAUAUUUAAGCCAUUCCUUCAUUCAUAUAGACCGUUGUUUCUUUUUUUUUUAAGUUCCAGUUUGCCUGUCUUUUUUUUUUUUUUGCUCACCUCAUUCGAUUGCAUAUUUUUCUUUUCGCAGCCAGGGCAAAUUUGAGCUGGACAGCCAGCACCUCGAGCUGCAUCUGUCCAACAAGCGGUAUUUUGCGGCGCCCUCGCCUCUAACUUGUGCGCCGACCGACAGAUGGCGGCACAUUCUGGAGAGCCCUCGCUGGACCCCUCGAACGCGAGCGCUGCGCCAGCGCCUCUCCUCCACAGUCGAUGCGCAGUGCCACCAGGGGCGCCCCGCUUCGUCGGGUCAGUGAGAUUCCCUCAGUCUCUUUGCCAGUGCCAGAUCAGACGCUCGACCGUUAGCUUAUUUCGCGCGCACGGUCCCGCGUGGUUAGUAGGCACGCUGAUGAACUCUGUAUCCUCUCUAUCACGCCGUGUGAACGCCUCUCAGCGUGAAUCUUUUCCUUUAUUCGAACACUGGGCCUGAAUCUUAGUGUCUCAGGUUUAGGUAUCACCGUCCUUUCAGCAGGGUAAUUCGGAACCGUAAAGAUUUAGUAGUUUGAGUGCAUAUAGCGUACUAACGCGCGAUUCACUCAAGCGUCGUAGCACCUUGUCACCGGCCCAUAUGAUGCGUAGGCAACGAGAGGGAAAAUGAUGGCGUUUCGUGAGAUAUGCGGGCCGUCUUAGAAUAAUUACACGUUGAUGUAUUUUUCUUUCUCCUCCUCAACCAUUAAACAGGCCGAAGUUUGAGCAGCUGGCGUGCAGAGCAUGCGGCCCGCGUUCGCACCCCCAAAUGGAGGCAGGUCAUUGUCGUCGUCUCCUACGUGUCGUCUACUCGCCUGUCGAAGUAUCGCACCUUCUGCACUGAUUUACCAUGGAUUACGAUGUAAUGCCUUCGAGAGCGUCGAAGGAGACAGCGGUCGCGAGUGGACCUGCUCCUGGAUGCACUCCGGCGGCCGUGAGUAAGCCGUCCUACGCUGCACGUGCUUCGAAAGUGCCGGAUAGUCCGGAACGUGUCCGAUUCCGCGGUGUUUGUGCAGUUCAUUGACUGCAGAGCGCUGCCGAAGACAGCGUGUGGACCAAGACUGCGGCAUCUGCGUAUGGGGGUGUUUCAACCAUUCCCAACUGGGUUUAUUGUGCGACACUUGACAACAUGGCUGUAGGAGGCUGGCUGGCGGGAGGCACCGAAUCAACCCUGCUCCAUGCAUACCUGGAACCUUCCGGAGAUGCGUCCACCACAACGGUGGGCGCAAAGGGAAAAUCAAGUCGAUCGAAUGGCGAGCGGAAAGGUUGUCAUCGAGAGGCUUCUUGCAAUAUUCGCAGAUGCAAAUCAGCGUGUUGUACGGGCAGAGUGCGCGCAUUGACCGACUCACUUAGUGCCAUGUGCGCGUCCGUAGCUGCGAGGACACGUUCUUUCUUCGAACGUCCUCCGAGCCUCGAAGCCAGUUCGAACGCAGUUCCAGUGGAGGAGCAGCGUCGGUCAUCCUCCCACUGCCAUCGACGCCAACAUCCGCAGCAACACCAGCAAAAGCGGCGGGACGGCGUCGACUGUGCCGGCGCCAAAGUACCGACGUGCGUGGACGACGGUGUUGGACGGAAGCGGUGUUCGACCAGUGCCGCGUGGAUGCCCGCCGUGUGUGCCGGUGUUGUGGCUGUGCUGUGUUACAUGAACUCGCUGGAUGGAGAUUUCGUGCACGACGACAUGGUGGCGGUGGUGGGGAACCCAGACGUCACCGGUGAGAACAGACGACACGCGUUGUCCUCCUCCUCGCCGUCGUCGUCGCUUUGGACGAACGAUUUCUGGGGCCGACCGAUGGCCGACCCCCGGAGCCAUAAGUCGUACCGGCCGCUCACAGUGCUCAGUUUCAGGGCUAACUACUACGCCAAUGGGCGCCAGGUACGCGGCUACCACAUGGUCAACGUGGCUCUGCACUGCGCAUGCUCUGUUCUGGUGGCCAUCGUCGCACGCUGCGUGAUGCGGAUACCUGCCCUCCAUGCGUGCCUGGCAGCGACGCUGUUCGCUGCUCAUCCGGUCCACACUGAGGCCGUGUCCAGCAUAGUGGGCCGAGCCGAAGUGCUGUGCUGCCUCUUCUUUCUGCUCUCGUUACUUUGCUACCACUGCUGCCAAGUUUCGAGUGAUGGCAGAGGAGGUCACGGAAGGUCGAUAUGGCUCGCAGCAUGCGGUAUACUGUCCGUAUGUGCGCUGCUUUCCAAGGAACAAGGCAUCACCGUGCUACCGCUGUGCAUGGCCCUGAGGAUACGCACAUUAGUCGUUGAUUGUACGAGUCCAGAAGGACAGACGCAAUGCCAUAAGGCUCACCGACGAUGCUGGCCAAUGUGCAGAAACUGCAUACGAGACACUGUCUACCGAUGUUUUUUGGAUCGUCACCUUGCCGCUCUCGUGGCAUUGACGACGUUACUACUGUGCUUCAGGUUAUGGAUUCUACAAGGAAGCUUCCCCGAAUUUUCCGAGAUGGACAACCCUGCUUCCUUCUCACCAAAGAGUGGGACGAGGUGAACAAGAUAUUUUAGGCAAACUAACGAUAUUUACAAAAUCUUCACAUUCAAACAGUAUGGGUUAGACAUGUGGUACAAAACACACAUGCGUCGGUAAGGCUUGAUCUGAGGAGUGCGCUAGGGCGUUCUCAUAUUGUUCUUUACUGUGUGUACUGAA